UAUAUAACGACAUUUCGAAUCUUCCCCAGUCGAUUACCGCGUCCCACAUCCUUUUUCUUCCUCGCGAGAUCCCGCUCCCUCUCUCGGAUCUCUCUCGGAUCUCUCUCGUCACAUCCUCCGACCUCGACCGAGAUCGAGGAUGGCAGUAGCCGCAGUGCAGAACCUGUUCAAGGAGAGAAAAUACCCCUUCAUCCUCGCCUCCUCGAUCUUGCUCCUCCUCUUCGUCACCAUCCUCAUCCUCACCGCCGGCUCCCAAUCCCCCCUCCUCUCCUUCUACUCCGCCUCCGAUCUCCAGCGGAUCUCUUCCCCCUCGCCUCCUCCGCCGGCGGUGGCGGCGGCGGCGGCGGCGGCGGCGAACUCAUCCGUUCCGGCCCCGAUCGACAAAGGGCCGCCGCUUGAUUUGAGCUUGAAGUGGAAGGCGUGCAAGGGGGCGACCGCGGUGGAUUUCAUACCGUGCUUGGAUAAUUUCAAGGCGAUCAAGCAGCUGAAGUCGAGGCGGCACAUGGAGCACCGGGAGCGGCAUUGCCCGAACCCGAGCUCGCGAUGUCUGCCGCCGCUUCCGAGGUAUAAGGUGCCUGUUCCGUGGCCUAAGAGCAGGGACAUGAUCUGGUACAACAAUGUUCCUCACCCAAAGCUUGUUGAAUACAAGAAGGAACAAAACUGGGUGGAGAAAUCUGGUGAUUAUUUUCAUUUCCCAGGAGGAGGAACUCAAUUUAAGGAUGGGGUUGCUAAUUAUAUUGAGUUUGUAGAAAAGACUUUACCAGCCAUAGAAUGAAAACACAUCAGGGUUAUUUUAGAUGUCGGUUGUGGAGUUGCCAGCUUUGGUGGUUAUUUGCUGGACAAAGAUGUAAUUACCAUGUCAUUGGCCCCGAAAGAUGAGCAUGAAGCUCAGAUACAAUUUGCUCUAGAACGAGGAAUUCCUGCCACUCUUUCCGUUAUUGGGACGCAGAUGCUGACUUUUCCAGAUAACGCAUAUGACUUGAUUCAUUGUGCAAGAUGCAGGGUUCACUGGGACGCAGAUGGUGGGAAACCGCUAUUGGAGCUCAACAGGAUUCUUAGGCCUGGGGGUUUCUUUCUAUGGUCGGCUACCCCAGUUUAUCGCAAUGAUGAGAGGGAUCAAUCUGUGUGGAAUGCUAUGGUUGCUUUGACGAAGUCCAUGUGCUGGAAGGUGGUGGCUAAAGCUAUGGAAUCAUCUGGGAUUGGCCUGGUGAUAUAUCAAAAACCUGUUUCAUCUUCCUGCUAUCAGGAACGUGAACAAACUAGUCCCCCUUUAUGUGAAAAGCAAGAUCAGCGGCAUCAUUCUUGGUAUGUGCCUCUCGGUGGCUGUCUUAACAGGCUUCCAGACAAUAGCAGUUGGCCUGCUCCCUGGCCUAAAAGGCUCAGGAUUAAACCUUUAAGCUUGUCAAAUGAAGUUGAAACUGAGCAAAUGUUUUACGAAGAUAGCAAACACUGGUCUGCCCUUGUUUCAGAUGUUUAUAUGGAAGGCCUUGGUAUAAACUGGUCAAGUGUGAGGAAUGUAAUGGAUAUGAAUGCUGGUUAUGGAGGAUUUGCGGCAGCACUCAUCGACAUGCCACUCUGGGUUAUGAAUAUUGUCCCAGUUCAUGUGCAAGAUUCUCUCUCAGUUAUAUUUGACCGAGGGUUGAUUGGAACCUAUCAUGACUGGUGUGAAUCUUUCAAUACCUACCCUCGAACAUAUGAUCUGCUUCACUCCAGUUUUCUCUUCAAAGAUCUCCCGGAGAGAUGUGAGGUUGUAGAUAUAGCUGUAGAGAUGGAUCGCAUAUUGAGACCGGGUGGAUACGUUCUGGUUCAAGACAGCACAGAAGUUAUAAACAAACUUGGUCCAGUUUUGCGCUCACUUCAAUGGUCAGUGACCCUUCACCAGGAACAGUUUCUUGUUGGUAAGAAAGGAUUUUGGCGACCAGGAGAUGCCAGCAUCAGUACAUGAGCACGCUCCCCAUCUGUACUGGUAUGAUUUCCAGUUUUGUGGUACGAUUCUUUUGAAAUACAAGCAUAUGAGCGCAAGCAGCAGAAAGUUGAUUUCUUUGAGCCUGCAGAAGAAAAUCUUGAGUUGCAAAAUUUCAAUUCGAGCUCAACAGACUUAAAGCUUGAUAUUACACAGCAACAGAAACAUCGAAAUGUUCACUAUUCUUUCCAAUUGCUUGUAAUUUGAAGCUGGAAAUAUCUUUCUUAGUUCACAUGGAAAACACUGGCUUACACGGAUGAUUACAGGUUAUAUAUAGUUCUAUUCACAGCUUAUACAUAGUUCUAUUCGAAUGGUGCAUUUCAAAAAUUGCCACUGAUGUUGAAUUGGCAAUUUUGGUAAAGCAUGAUGUGGCUUAUUUUGCUUGGCCAACACGAUGGGACAUAGACAUUAUGUUCCUGAAGAA